UAACAUUGUUUGACAUUUAUUGCCGUCACAUAAAUUUUUUUUAUUUGUAGUUGUUUCGUUUGAAAACAUUAAUCAAAGGCAAUUCACAAGUCAUUUAGAUAAGAAUUGUAUGAUAUUGGCCUGUGUCAUUGUUUGGAAGCGGAAAAAUUGAAGUUUGAAAAUUGAAAUAUGGUGGCUAAAGUAGAGAAAAUUUGCGGAUACGAUGAAUUCGUUGCAUCAAUUGGAAAAUUAGCCAAAACAGCUGAGAAUGUGAACGUUUUAUUCACAGGAAAAAAAGAUGAAACCGGUCAUUCAUGGUGUCCAGAUUGCAAUGAUGCUGAACCAUUUGUGAAAAAAUAUGGCAUCGACAAUGCGGCACCAGACAGUCUCUUUGUUAUUGUCGAUGUCGGCGAUCGUCCAACGUGGAAAGACAUGAAGAACUCGUUUCGCUUGGACCGUAACACACACCUUAGCGUCAUUCCAACGUUAAUCAAUUGGAAUGAAAAAGCAAAACGCUUAGAAGGUGACCAAUUGUGCAAACCAGAAUUAUUGGACAUGUACUUCGAACAAGAUUAAACAUUCUUCCAUGGGGCGGAUACACCUGAUAUUCGCAAUCGUAGAGAAAUACCAACAAAUUAUAAUAAAAAUUCUCAUAUUUUCAUACG